GUAGUCGUGUGAGUCGUGGCGAGCUCGCUACAGUUCAGCGAAGUAAAUAUUAUUUGCUUUGAUAUAUUUGCUCGACGCACUUCGAUGUGGAAAUAACUUUCCUACAUAAUUCCUCUUUCGUACGUCUGUCUCGAGCGAGUCAGCCGGUGACGAUCGCAGAGAGCCAGGUAGCCAUCCAGAGAUUUUGAAAAACUGGAAGAUAUAAGAAAUAAAAGCAAUUUACUGAAAGUAAAUUUUCGAAAUCCCAAGAAUUACGUGUGAAGUGAGAGAUGGCAGAAUCCGAGGCGGAAUCAGAUGCAGGAGAGCCUCCAAUGAGAAUAAGACGUGUAGAUAUCGAGCGUCUUGUCCGUGAGCCUUAUCUCUCCAGAGGAGAAGUUUACUUUAAUCAGGGAUUGGUGAAGAUUAUUUCUGUUAGCGAUUCUGAGGUUAAAUCAAAAACUGUUGGCAAAGAAAUAUAUGAAGUAACACUAAGGCACAAUGGCAUUUCUCUUGGUGGAGAAUGUUCCUGUCCGGCAUUCAGAAAUUGGGGCCCAUGUAAGCACAUGGCUGCAACAGGCUUUGCUUUAAUUGCAUCUAAUCAAUGGGGAUAUGAAGCGUCUGCAUUCUGCCACGACCGCAUUGACGAGCAAAAUCGCGUUGAAAGGUUGCUACUCACAAAGACGAGGGAGGAGCUUAUUAAGAUAAUCCUAAAUCACCGAGGGCUUGUUUAUGAUUUGUACGAGGAGUAUGGAUUGAUAGAAGAGGAAGAUCUGUAAAGAAUAUAAGUAUAUUUAAAAAGUCUCCACAGUUCAAACACUUGACCUGUGAUCCAGGAGCUUUUAAACUCUGUACAAUUCUAAAAAUGAUAUUAACUUUAAGUGGAGCGGUAGAUGAUAAGUUUGCGCGAUCACAUAACGUAAACGCUGAAUGCAAAUUAUGUUGACUAAAUUGUGCACAUUUCAGCUAAAGAUUUAAAUGUAAUAAAAAUUAUAAUAUUUUAAUUUUA